AUGCGAAAGUUGGAAUGGGACGACAUGGGAGUGAAGGUUGAUGGUCGGCAGCUACACCAUUUGCGCUUUGCUGAUGACAUCGUACUGAUAACACCUAGCAUCAGCCAAGCGGAACGAAUGCUGACCGAAUUCGACGAAACAUGUGGAUGCAUCGGUCUUCAGCUGAAUCUACAAAAGACGAUGUUCAUGCGGAACGGAUGGGUCUCGGAUGCCCCAUUCACGCUCAACGGAACGAACAUAUCCGAGUGCACCAGCUACGUUUAUCUGGGUCGGGAACUGAACAUGAUGAACGACCUGACCCCCGAGCUGGGCAGGAGGAGACGAGGGGCUUGGGGAGCGUACAAGAGCAUCGAGGAUGUAGAGAAGAAGACCAGGAACACCCGGCUCCGUGCUCACCUCUUCAACACCACCGUACUUCCUGCAUUGACCUAUGCUUCGGAAACCUGGGCAUUUCGCAAGCAGGAUGAAAACGCGGUGAGCGUCAUUGAACUUCAGAACCAGUCUGUAAUGAUAUGA